AGUCUUGUUUAAUUAUAUUUAACAAGCUAUCUUUAAUUUUAAGUGAAAGUGCCAAUUUUCCCGCCAUUAUACUUUCCUGUUGCUAAAACAAUGUUAUCAGACGAUUUAGAAAGGCUAAUUGAAGAAAAACGUCGUGAGAUAGAAAAAGAGAAAACGCUUUUGGGGUUAUCGCCGCUAUCGGAUAAAAACGAUCAAAAUGUAGAAGAGAAAGAGAAUAGAGUUAACAAGAGUGUAAAGUUCAACCGGCCGAGAGCACUGUCGGAAAACAAUGCGACAAGUGAAGAGCAGAGUGAGGAAAAAGAAGAGAUCUCGCCAGACUUAGAGAGAUAUAUACGGCGUUACCUCGGCCUUCCAGUGAUGCUAAAAGCGGGCGAAUAUUCACCCAACAACCCGCUAAUACGCGGCGAACGGACCAGCGGCGAUGUUCUGCUCGGGCUCGGCGAGUACGAGCGGCGCAGGAACACGCUGCGCAAGAUCCGCCAGCGGCAGUACAGGGAGUACCUCGAUCAGCAAGCGAAAAUAAAACAAGAAGAGAAAGAGAAGCAAGAGCGCGAGAAACGCGAACGGGAAGAGAAAGAGAGGCUCGAGGAAGAGAGAGAGAGGGAGCGGGAACGGCGCGAGUUGGAGCGAGAGGGGAAUAGUGAGAGCUUCGGUUAUAGAGUCGCGGGUGUUAAUAAUGCGUAUACAACUAAAGUGGAUACAGGUGUACAAGUGGACAGACAUACGCCUCUCUCUGUGGCCGUUCAAACGGAUGACGACGAUCUGUAUACUUGGCCCGCAAAACUAACGCAAGCGGAACGCGAACUGUCCCCGCGCAGUGUGUGGGACGGUCCCCGCACGUGUCCCCAGUGGGACAGGAGACGGAGCUACGGGGACUUCUAUACCGGCCCCACGGGGGACACAAGAGAACGAGCGGCUUCAAUGUCGAAAGGCGACAAAUACCGCAGUCUCCAAAGCUACAAACCCUCCAUAUUGGACGCUGAUGCUGUCUCGCUGAGAAACUUGCAGGCUGAGAAGGAGGCAGCGGCCAGAAGGCAAUAUUAUCAGCAGGAAUUGAAGAAUCAAAUACAAGAACAACAGAAGAUUCGGGAAGAGAGGAAGAAUAGAGAAAAAAUGUUAGAACAAGCUGAAAUGAGGAGGCUCGAACAACAAUUACGUUCUUUGAAAAUGACGCAAGAAAGAGAAUUGGAGAGACAGCGGGAUAUCACGUCUUCUAUGAAAUACAAUGCAGCAGACUACGAUAUAAAAAGGACAGCGCUACAACGGGACAUCGACAUGGAACAAAGAAAAUUAAAUAUGGCCUCUCGAAACGCACAAACAAAAACCGAUACAGAAUAUAAUAUAGAAAAACCGUACACAAUGAAUAUUCCGGAAAGUUCCAUAUUCUCACAUAAUUAUGACCUAGAAAGUUAUCUACGGAAAAACCUAAAUCCUACCAAAGAAAGUCUAAUGAAUCUGCCACAUUACAAAGAAACGUACAGACAAGAAAACAGACAAGAACCGGACUGGCAAGAAAAUAAUCAAUUAGAUAAUAGAAACAACUACAAUUGGUACGAAAGAAAAGAAUUACCAGACAAAAUGUAUGAACAAGACAUAGAAAAUAGACAAAAAUCUAAAGAUUUAGAUGUGUGCGGGAAUAAGCAAGAAAUUAAAAACAGGCAUGAAGACAAACAUAAAAAAUAUGAAGUAAGAAAACCAGAAAAAAUGGACACAUUACCAAUACCGGUUUUAAGACAUUCGCCGAAACGUAAAGUAAAUGAAGUGAAUGAAAGAUAUGAAGUAAAUGAAAGUUUAAGCGAAGAAAUGAAAGUUGUUGACGAUAAAUGGAAAGUGCCAGCCGUUCAAAAGAAUAUAUUGAAAAGUUUGCAAAGUGAAGGCAGAAAUAUUAAUAUUUUAACACAAUUGGGAUCUAUCAGGCGACAAUUGCAGUUGGAACAAAUGAAAUUGGAUAAAAUAAAAAAUACUGAUGUUUGAACUCAUGUGAAAAUUAGUUUUUCAAGUUUGGUUUUGGUGAUUUUUGCAGAAAUUAAACGUUCGGAUAUAAAUUACGACAUAUUUAUUAUAUUAUUUAGAUAUUUUCAUUUAGAGUUUUUUAAAUUUAAAUUAUAAAUAAACUAAUAUGUUAUUUA